AUGCAAAAGAAGACACUGAAGAUAGUUAUUGUGGGAGACUCAGGGGUCGGAAAGACGUCCUUGAUGAAUAGAUAUUCAUCUGGGAAAUUCACUGGGCAAUACAAAGCGACAAUCGGAGCCGACUUUUUGACAAGGGAUAAUGUAGUUGUCGCUGAUUACUAUGGAAUAAAUCAUUUGGUGACACUUCAGAUCUGGGAUACAGCUGGACAGGAAAGGUUCAACUCACUUGGGACUGGAUUCUACCGAGGAGCCGAUGCCUGUCUUCUAGUUUAUGAUAUCACCGACCCGCACAGCUUCGACAAUUUAAAUCACUGGAGACAACAAUUUUUGGAAAAGGUCGGUGGUGGACUGAUGGGACUGACAGACUCAUCAGGGACCUUCCCCUUCGUUGUUUUGGGCAACAAAUCUGAUAAGGCGAUGGAAAGACUCGUUGCUCCUGAACAAGCCGAGGAAUGGUGCCGCAACGCCUCAGGAGCAACAAUCAUGGGGAGUCAACCACUGCCACAUUUUGAGACGUCUGCAAAAACGUCAGAGAACGUCGAGGAUGUCUUUGUGGAAGCUGCACGGAGAGCCUUGAUUUAUGAGGAUUAUAAGAAGAGGUCACAGCCACAGUUGUUCAUCCCUCCAGCGCAAGAACCAAUUGAUUUGAGGCAUCAGACUAGUUCAGUCAGAAUUGAGAACCAUGAACCUUGUUGCCAGUAG